UCUGCUUGAUUUUGAAAAUAUCUUGUGUUUGCCUAUCGCAGGUAAUCCUGUGUUUUUUAUAUAGUCAUAGUUUGUGGGCAGCAAGUACAGGCAGCAACCAGUCUGUCCCUGUUGUGGAUGUGGAGACCUCUCUGGACUCGCAGUUAAAGGCUGCAUAAUGUAUUCCACUGCAAGUGGCGAAACCUAGCUCCCAGAAUAACAAGCAAGACAACUUUUAAAGUGACUGUUGUUGACCAGUACCUUCUGCGCAUUUGUUUGGUAAGCUUGUGGUGGAUUUUUCAAAAGGAUGGUAUAAAUUAUUUUAAAUUAUUCCUGGGCAGGACUGAGUCUCCCGAAGGUGAUACAGGUGCCAUAGUGACCAUAUCAACAGGGUGGCUGCGUACAUUCCUCAAGUCUGUAUGACUCAACCAAGACUCUGUGAAAUUGUCCUUCUGAUUGAGUACGGGAAGAAAAUGCUAAAACUUGUGGCCACAGAUGUCUUUAAUUCGAAAAACCUGGCUGUUCAGGCACAAAAGAAGAUCUUGGGUAAGAUGGUGUCCAAAUCCAUCGCCACCACCCUGAUAGACGACACGAGCAGUGAGGUGCUGGACGAGCUCUACAGGGUGACCAGGGAGUACACCCAGAACAAGAAGGAGGCAGAGAAGAUCAUCAAGAACCUCAUCAAGACAGUCAUCAAGCUGGCCAUUCUUUACAGGAAUAAUCAGUUUAAUCAAGACGAGCUAGCCCUGAUGGAGAAAUUUAAGAAGAAAGUUCAUCAGCUUGCUAUGACCGUGGUCAGUUUCCACCAGGUGGAUUACACCUUUGACCGGAAUGUGUUAUCCAGGCUGCUGAACGAAUGCAGAGAGAUGCUCCACCAGAUCAUUCAGCGUCACCUCACCGCCAAGUCCCAUGGACGGAUUAAUAAUGUCUUUGAUCAUUUUUCAAAUUGUGAAUUUUUGGCUGCCUUGUAUAAUCCCUUUGGAAAUUUUAAGCCCCAUUUACAAAAACUUUGUGAUGGUAUCAACAAAAUGUUGGAUGAAGAGAACAUAUGAGCAUGUGAAUUAAGGUUGUGACUGAUCACGAUUCAUUUGAAGAUGGAGCACUUCUGACUUAUGAAGGAAAACAAGAAGAAUUUUCUAAAGAUUACACAUUAUUUCAGCAAGACGUUGCCCAAUUCAGUUGUCGGACAUUAUUGAUAGUGCUUUUGUGAGGCUUGUUUUAUUUGAAGAAAAGCAUAUUCCUAAAAAUUCUGGUUAAAAGCUUCCUGAUGGGUAACAGAUCACGGGAAAGAUGUAUGGUUGGGUAAUGCAAAUGUAUAGUCACACAAAGAAAAACUUGGAUGGCUCCAGACCUCAAGACAUUUUUUUAGGGCAAGUUGGUAGCACAUUGGAUAUUUCUAACAUGUACAAAGUUGUGUAUUUUGAUUCACUUUUAUUCCUUCCUAUGUAUAUGUUACCUCUUUUGAAAAGCCAUGAGCUUUUUCUUGCUGUUAUUACUCCUUUUUGAAACAAUUCCAUUUUCAAGUUUACCCUUGAUUGUUUUGUUCAAGAUUGUGUCAUUGACAUUCAAGAAUUAAGUCUGAGGCAGUAAAAUUUAACCCUCAGAAAAAUAGAAAACUGCUUUAUCUGAAAUCAAUACUGUGGAAAUGAACUGUAUUAGAUAUUAUGAAUAAUGUCCAUUAUAAGAAUAUGCUUCUUGAAUGGAAUCCUGCUUUUAAGAACCAGUGGUGAUACUUAAAUUCCCAAAACUGUAAUGGCUUUGAAAUGCUUGCUUAAGGUUUAACUUUCAUGUUAUCUUUAAAAUGUACUGAUGAAAUCAUGGUUGUUUUUUUUUUUUUUACGUCCAUUCACAUGUAAGA